GCCUGCGCUGUGUCGUCACCACCUCUGCUUGCAGCAUCCGCCAUUUUGCAGUAAUUUAGUAAUCCCGCUGCUUCCAUUCGUUGUGCGGCGCCAGUAAACACGGCUCUUUGAAGGAAUAUUAUUAUUACUAUUGCAAGCUGAAGAGAUAUUUUCCCGUGUCUUGCGAUGGCUGACCCAUCAGCAGAUGUGGAGGUGCCGGAGGGUGCAGAAGUGCGCAAACUGUCGGAGCUGCGGGUCAUAGACCUGAAGGCCGAGCUGAAGAAACGAAACCUGGACACGACGGGCGUGAAGAGCGUGCUAUCAGAGCGUCUUAAAAAGGCAAUCGAGGAAGAGGGUGGGAAUCCGGACGAGAUUAUCGUCGCUCCGGAGUUGACCACCAAAAAGGCCAACGUCACACCUAAACGCGCUGCCAGAGAUACCAAGCAGGAGAACGAUGAACCGGAGGAUGGCACUAUGGAGGAGGAUUCCCGCGAUGGCCACGAGGAUAAUCAGGAGGAUGAGCAUGAACAUGAGAACAUGCAGGACAUGGACAUCCUUGACAUGAACAUUCUGGAUGAGACUGACAAUGACAACGGAAUACCGGCUGAAGAUGACGAGUAUGGAAGCGAGAACUUUUACAGAGAGGACGACUCGGGGAUGAAUGAAGAAAAUGACUACAGGGCACUCGAGUCAGAAGAAGACACGAGAGGUCCAGAGAUGGAUGAAUUUGAGAUGCUGGAUAAGGAUGAAGAUGCAACAUUUUCAGCAGCCAAUGUGGCUCAGGAUCCAGAGGCUGACGACACAAAAGAAGAAACAGAAAAUGACAAAGUAGCCGGGUCUUGUUUAUCUGAGCCGCAUAACGAAGAUCAACACCAGAGCCACGAGACGAGCCCUGAAGAAGACCAAGGAGCCACCGCCGGAGGGGAAGAAAGUGUGUCCGACACAGGUGCCCAGUCCAACGUGACUGCCGCUGGAGAUGCGGAGGGCAGCGGGGAUGUUGUGGGGACUGAUCCCAAAGAGGUUGGGGAGGAACAGAACGCCCCAGAAGAGACACUUGACGGUGAAAACAAAAUGUCGCAGGCUGUUAGUGUAAGCAAACAGGGCGGCGAGGUUGAAACUGUUGAUUCAGAAACGGGGGCUAAGAAGGUUGAGGAGGAUGAGAAGACAGAAGAGAAAGCUGCUGCGGAUUCAGCCUCGACACUGAAAGAGUCCUCUUCUGUAGAGGGCGAUGAUCAGAAAAAGAGCUCUGAGGAGAAAGAUGGCAAGACCGAGUCGAAGGAUGAAAAGGGUGCUGGAGCUGGGGCCGCAGCAAGCAGCAGCAGGAAUCUGUGGGUCAGUGGCCUCUCUUCCACUACCAGAGCGACUGAUCUGAAGACGCUUUUCAGCAAAUAUGGCAAGGUUGUCGGAGCUAAGGUGGUGACCAAUGCCAAAAGUCCCGGGGCUCGCUGCUACGGGUUUGUCACCAUGUCAUCCACAGAGGAAGCAACCAAGUGUAUCAGCCACCUUCACAGGACCGAGUUGCAUGGCAGGAUGAUCUCUGUGGAGCGGGCUAAAAAUGAACCUGCAGGGAAGAAGCCAGCUGACAAGAACGACCCCAAGAGGUCUAGCACUGACAGGAGACACUCCACUGACUCCAAGUCUGAUGGAAAGGAUGAGAAGUCUGAGGGAGAAGGAAAAGAUGGCAAAGGACGAAAUGAGAGGACUGUAGUUAUGGACAAGUCCAAGGGAGAGCCUGUUAUCAGUGUCAAAACCAAAAGCAAAAGCAAGGAGAGGAGCACCAAGAGUCGGGACCGAACUUCUUCGAGUAAGGAGAGGAAAGACAUCUUGUCAUUUGAUCAGAUUAAGGAGCAAAGGGAGAGGGAGAGACAAAGGCAGAGGGAGAGGGAGAUCAGAGAGGUCGAGAGACGCAGAUUCACUGAUCGCAAUCGGGAAUUCCGACCUGACCGAGAGCGUGAGCGCAUCCGUCUCUUCCGGGAGAGGGAGGAGCGAAACCACUUGAUGAAGAAGAGACACUGGUUGGAGGUAUCGUCACAUGACUCCUCUCUGCCUCCAAAUAUGCGUCCUUUGGCUGAGAAGCAGCGCCUCGACGCAGAUCGCAUGGAGCGUCAGUUCCUGGAGCGUGAAAGGCUACGCAUUGAGUACGAAAGGCGGCGAGAGCAGGAAAGGAUCCUCAGGGAGCGCGAGGAGCUGAGACGGCAGCAGGAGCAGCUGCGCUAUGAACAGGAGCGGCGCCCCGUUAAGAGGCCUUACGACAUGGACGGCAGGAAGGAUGACUGGCCUGAUAAGCGUAUGGCCAUGGAUGACCGUUACGGCCGCUCAGACUUCGGUCGCUAUCAGGAUUUUGAUCACAGAGAAAGGGGACGUUACCAAGACGACAUGAUGAUGGACAGGCGGGACAACACCCGUAAUAUGGGUGCUGACAGAGAUGGUCAGCACUUCUCAGAAAGACACGGCAGAGACGGAAGAGACUCCUGGGGUGGAGGCUAUGACAAGCGCAUGAAUCCCAGGGAGGGCGGUCGUGACUGGGAUUCUAACCGUAAGAUGGAUGGAGACAGACCCUGGCAAGGUCGGGAUGGAGCUAUCCCAGGACAGAGCCACAUGACACGAGGAGGAAUGGCUGGAGGCCGUGGCGGCUACAUGAACACGGGAACAUCUCAGUCUCUGUCCGGAGCGCUUAACAGACAGAACCAGCUGAUGCAGGGCAGCGGGCUGCAGGGCGGAGCUUUCGGCCGCCGUUACUGAUGCCUGUCUGGAGACGGUUGUGUAAUGAUGUGGUUAUGUUGUUUUUGUAAAAAAAAAAAAAAAGAAGAAGAAGAAGAAGAAAAGAAAAAAAUCAUUUUUUUAAAUUCAGGAUUUUUUUUUUCCCCUUUUUGGCACAAUUCCCAUCGAUUUUCGAUGGAAGUGUGUUUAUCCUUUUGUGAUACAGUGAUAGUGUAUUUAUCAUACAGCCCUACCUUGUUUGUACAUCACAGCUGUUAUGCAUCCGCAAGUUGGCGUGAGUGUGUGUGUGUGUGCGUGCGUGUAAAAUAAAUUCAGAUGUUUAUUAAACCCUUUUCAGACAUGUGAUAUGUAAUAUUGCUGGCUUCAAUAAUACAUGGAUGUUUCUAGGUUUGACCUAGACAGAUUUCCACAUUUUUAUUUUUUGUCUUUUAAGGACGAGUGAUCAGGAUGCUGAUACGUUGUUGCCGUCAGUUCAAUGAAGAAGAGCGCAUGUCUGAAAGAGGCUUUAGACGCCUGAGUUCCUGGACCUAACCUCACAAGCCUCCUUUCUGUAUCCAAGCCCUUAGAAGGUUUUUUUUCUUCUUGUUGUUGUUUUGUUUUUUGAUGAAACUUUAUUGAAAAUAAUUUGAGAGUUUCAGGUUCUCGUCAUUUUUAAAAAGAUGCUCAGUGAAAGUUUGUUGCAGAUGAAAGCGUUUUAAAAUUAAAUGUCACACUUUGUUUCUCCUUGCUUGUAACGUUUUUGUUUUUCUAGUUUUCCUUUUAGACUUGUGAUAAAUUCUAGAAUUAAAUGUGUGGUCGUGAUUCAAA